GUUUGUUUUGUUGUUUAUGUCACGUCAGCGAAGAAACUGUACAUUAUUUAAUUUCUUGAUAAUCUAUUGAUAACAGUGCAGUUAUUUCUCUGAUAAUACAUAUUCAAUGGAUUUAAAGACGUUUGGAGAAGAUGAUUUUGAUCCCAAAAAAUGGAUAAACAGAGCAUGGAGUUCAAGUGGGAACCAGGAGAAAGAGGUGUUUGUAGCAAACACAGUGUCAAGGUUGCAACUGUACAUGAAACAACUGACCAACUCAUUGGAUGAGACAACUACACAAAUAGUGAACUCAAUACCUCGCACCCUGCAAGAUGCGGCCGCCCUUCAGCUGGAGGGAGCCAUGCUGCAGCAGCAACUCCUGUCUUUGGGGGAGAAGGUGGAGGGGGUGGAGGAACAGACGGGGCACUCUAUACUGAGCCUGCAGAGGAUUGACCAGCUCAAGAGUCGGUUAGAGAAUGCAGCAUCAGCUCUCCGCGAGGCAGACAAAUGGGCAGCCCUGGCCACCGCUCUAGAAGAUGUGCUUGAAUCCGGCGUACCAAGCAAACCAGAAGAGUUGGAAGCUUUGGCGGGACAGGUCACAGCACUGACGCAUAGUCUUGAGGUAUUAACAGAAGCGUCGGACUACGAAAGCAAGCGUUUGCAACUGGAGGCGUUGUACAACCGUCUAGAAGCUGCCCUCAGCGCGCCUUUCCUCACAGCUUUGGACCAGGGAGACAAAGAACGCACGGCGUGCUACGUGUCCCUAUUCCGAGGAAUGAACCGCGCGCCUUCGGCCGCGCGUUGCUGGCGACGAUCCGUCUGUACGUCGUUGGCGACUCAGUGGCGAAGGGCCGUUGGUCAGCCGUCGCCAAAAAUCGCCACUCUUGCGGGGAAAGGAGAGGCUCAUACACAUGUGGAGUGGCUAACCAACGUGUUAAAAUCGGAGACGCCGUACGCUGAACUAGUGCGGUUAUACACAGACUUGCUGCAAUCAUUGGACCCCUCGCCUACUAAGGUGGUGUCAGCGAGUCUCAAACUGUGCUCAGACCCUGAAGAAGGCAUACUCCAGCUAAUCGAAUUGAGGCGGGAUAUCGACGAAUUUCUCGCCUCCAUCAGAGCUGUUAUAGAUGAACCUGCCAAAAAUAAAGAAGUGGUACCACCAUCAACGCUGCAAGAACUAGGGCUGGCCGCGUACGCACCACUCAAAGAGCUGUUGCCUAAAUACACCGAUCUACAACGACAAGUGUUCCUAGCGUACCUCGAGGGAUCUCAGCUAAGACAGGAAGACAUCUUAGAACAAUCGCGCGCCAUUUUAACCGUGGCAGAGAGGUGUGAAGGCUGGCUGGACGCGGCUUACGGGAAAGCAAAGAAGAUUGCAGACGAAGCCGUGUGGCCACACUAUACUCCUGCUGUUGAGGCGUUCUUCACGGCCCUCUGCGCCUUAAUAUCCUCACACAGUCGCCGGAUAGAGCAAGAGUUCCAAACGAGCAAGGGCGGAGUCCUAAGCGCCGCCUGUCCAGCCUCGGUUACCUUGGAGAGAGCCGCCGCCCAAGCUUUGGAGGCUGCUGGGAAACUACAGUCGAGUGAAUCAGACCAACCGACACACCCGCUCACUGACCUACCAUCCCUCCUCUUGGAGCCGGAUAUCCGGUCGCGUCUGCCGACCUUGGUGUCGGAGCCCCCGGCCUCCGCCGGCGGGCUGCGGCGCGCGGCGCAGCAGCUGCGCGCGCUCGCGAGGGCCGUCGUGCGGGGGCCCGUUGACCAACAACUCGAUAAAAUCCCAUCGCUGAAUGUAUGGAACAACAAUGACGCCCUGACCACAGACUUGCCUGACUUCUCACUCUCACCGCAGGAGUAUAUCACCGAGAUUGGCCAAUACCUGAUGACAUUGCCCCAACAUCUAGAGAUGCAUCUAUCAGAGAAACAGGCGCCCUGGCAGUUUUUGUCAGAGAUUUGCACACAUACAUGCGAAGUGUACGCAGAGAAGAUACUGAACAUCCGAAAUAUGGACGCAUUAGGGACCAAGCGAUGCCUCACAGACAUAGUGUAUCUAUCGAGCGUGGUGGAAGACUUAGGUACGGCCGUGACGCCCUCUUUGAAGAACCUCGAGCGAUCCCUUCGCGUCGCCACGCCGCAAAGCGAAUAAACCUUAUAGAGCCCAGUGGGCAAUAUAAUGUAUCCACGAACAUGAGAAAUAAAAUAUAUUCAACUAAAUGUUCUGUUUUUUAUUCAACU